CCCCGCCCGCAGCGUUCCCUCUAGGAUGAACCACGUGAGAGACUCUCACGUGUCCCGUCCGUUUCUGUACACAACCAAACACCAAAUGCACCCCACUUAAUGACAUAUCUAACGAUACGGCGUACGCAUCUUAUGCUUAUGCAUACAGAACUCUCUACGUAACUCUUUACGUCGACUAAGUAACGAAAUGCAAUGCGUGUGUGGGGUGUCUGUCUGUCGCAAAAGAACUAAGUCGGGCUUGAGAAAGCUGCAGGUCGAAAAUGGGCCUUCUGACUGGAAUGACAGACUGGCCUGAUUGUUCUCUCUCCUCUUCCUUGGCUACUCUCACCAUCCGUCCGCUUCUGUGCCCAUCAAAUCAAAAGGCCACCAGCCGUGUGCUGUGCCACAUAACCAACAAACAUAACCAACAUAACCGCGCACACAAACACAUCACAAACACACCCUCGUCGUCGUUUGGUAAAAACGGGUAGUACUUACGCAUAAUAAAAAGCGGGAAGGAAAAUUCCGCAGCUGCAGCUCAGCGGUCACUGAUUCGAUAUGCCAUCGAUCUUCGUUCGUAUGCAAUGCAUCGACAGACUACAUAGCUGCUGCCCUCCCUGCCCACCCACAUACACAUACAUGCUUGAACACAUAGAUGUGUACACAACGAUACGCAAUCCAUACAGAGGCGAGUGAAUCACGGCACGUGCGAUAAACGCCCCUGAGAAAUCUGCCUGUACAGCCAUCCAUCCAUCCAUCCAUCCCAUCUACUCGUCGCGCCAGCACAACGGGGGGGACGACGGAGAGAGAGAAGCGAUGAAGCACCGCACCCGACAGACAGACAAACCAGACAGACCCCCAGGGCGCACAUAACAUCUUUCAUGAACACGAAAUGUCAGCUCAGAUCAGUCGGUCGGUCAGUCAGUCAGUCAGCAGGAGAGAAAUGACGGAAGGCAAGGACAGAGCAAAACGGCAGGCAGGCAGGCAGGCGCCAAAAGCAAAGCUAGGGGGGAGGGGCAGGGGGAGGGGGAGAAGCAAAAGCAAAAGGGGGUCUCACUCACUAACCGCCCGGCCGACCAGCCGGCCAUUUAGUGGUGGCUGCCCGACGAGUGGCCUGACGAGUGUCCCGACGAGUGGCCCGACGAGUAUGUGGAGGUCUUCUUGCUGGGAGGCGUUGGGGUCUUGGUGGGCUCGGUGUAGUUCUUCUUGCCGGGCGGCGGGGUGGGCGUGUCGUAGCCCUUCUUGCCCGACGGUGGCGCGUAGGUCUUGCUGGGCGGCGGUUUGGUAGUCGUUGUGGGGGCCUGUGUGGACGUGGUAGUUGGUGUGGUUGUUGGUGUGGGUGUGGUGGUACUGGGCGCGUAUGUCUUGCUGGGCGGCGGGGUGUAGCCCUUCUUGGGAGGGGGGGUGCCGUAGUCCUUCUUGUUUGGUGGCGCGGUGGGCGUGUCGUAGCCCUUCUUGCCGCCCGACGGUGGUGGUGCCGUAGCGGUGUCGUUCUUGGGCUGGUACUCUGUGCGGUACGUGGUCGUGGAUGGCUUCUCCUCGAUGUACAGGCACGUGUUGCCCUGCAGCUCGCCCUUCUGAAUCAUCAACGCAACGCAUCACACGAAUCACACGAGAAAUGAUGCGCUGAUGCGUAUUGAGCUCACAGCCCACCUUCGGGCAGCUGUAGGUCGGCGACUCCUGCAGACACACACACACAGACAGGACGAGAGAGAGAAAACACAAAUGUGCUGUGACUGAUAUAUCAGACUGUGUGCGUGUGCGUGAGUCUCCCUUACAUUGUAGGGCUUGACGCACUGGGUGCUCUUCCCGUGCGACCGCAUGCGCUUCCUGCCGCCCUUUGACCCCCUCACCGCCGACCUCGUGUAGCCCUGCAAACACAAACCACGCAUCCCUGUGUGUCCGUCAGUCAGUCAUCACCUGCCUGCUUUGUUUGCUUACGUCUGGGCACACCAUCUCCAUGGGCACCAUGUUCUCCUUAGUGCAGGCGCCGUCUCUCAUGACGUACCUGACACACAACACAAAAGCACACCACACACACACACACAGAUGCCCUGCCGUCCCCGUCCCCCUCUCGCCCGUCCCGACCACCCCCUGACCCACCCGAUGUCGCAUUUGGUUGUCUUGGCGGUCUCCUUGACUGACACGCACUGCCCAUCUGCCCCUGGCUCACCGUCGCCGGCGCACUUCUCGUCGUACGGGAGCGGCGUGACCUUGUAGCACUGGCUACCGCUGGGCGUGUAGUCAUCCGGGCACGUGCACACCUUCUCAGCGUAGUCGACCUUCUUGCACACGCCCUCCACCGCGCUGUAGCCAUCAGGGCACUCAAUGAGCCUGUCCCGCUCCUCGCGUGUGAUGGUGUCGCGCGCCUGGCACUCGCCCUCGGCGGUGGGGCCCGUCAUUCCCGGCUCGCACUCCAGGGUGGCGUCGCUGAAGGUUUCGUUGAGACAAGCGCCAUCAACCAGCUGGGUGCCGCCCGGGCACACAGCCUCCUGUGGGAACACACCACACCACACAACACGGACCAGACGCAAGUGUUGGGGUGGGGUGUGUGUGUGGGUUGUGUUGUUUACCGGUCGGCCGAGGACUGAGCGUCUGACGCACUCGCCGUCCACCUCAAUCGUACCAUCGGGGCACCGCUGCUGCAUCUGAAUGAGAGAGGACAUGGAUGGAAGGAACGAAUCAGUGCGAGCACAGUGGAUGUGUGGGUGGGUGCUAUGCUGCCUGGCUGGCUGGUUGGUAACUACUUACCGGUGUGGUUUCUCUCUUGGUGCACUUCAUAGCCGCACCUUCGCCCACCUCAAUGAAGCCAGCAGGGCACUGCCAAACACCCAACAGACAGACACACGAGCGUCGCCCGUGGCCAUCGGAUCGAGCCAUGUCUGUCUGUCUGUCUGUCAGUCAGACAGUGAGUCACCUUGUACUGAGCUUCCUGAGAGGGGGGCUGGCAGUACUUGCCGCCCUUCUUGCCGGCGUCGAUGGGCUCGGAGCCGUCCUCGCAGGUGUAGGUGGGAGGCACAUACUCUUUCUUACUGCACGUCUCGUUCCCUUUGGCACCCUCCUGCACACACACAUCCAAUCCAUGGCACAUAGACAACAUAAACCACGCCCUCUUGAGCCAGCUCAGCUGUGGAGACACCUUGUAGUAUCCGGCCGGACAGGAGUAGUACCCAGCCUUGUAGUCGCAGGAAGGUGCGGCGGUUUUCUUGGCCCCUGAGGAGCCAGAGUGGCACUUCUCGCACAUGUCGGUCUGGUUGGACGGGGUGUAGCCCUUGGGGCACUGGAAGACCUUCUCGCCAGGCGUCACCACCAGGCAGCCGUGCUUGCCGUGGGUGGGCGGCGAACCGUCGGCGCAGACUGCCUGUGCAGGCUUCCUCUGAUGAUUCAUACAGACAAGACACACAGGAAGUGACGCAACAAUUCUUCUGAGACUGACGUGCCAGAUAGUGGUGUGGGUUGCUGUGGCCGACCUGCUGGCUGACGCACUUGUCGUCCUUCAGGACGAGUGGGGGCGUGCAGACGGGUGCGGCUGGCCGCUCGAUCUCCCUGACAGCUUCGGUGCCCGCGGGCCUGAAGCCUGUCGGUGCGAACAACUCGGGCUGCGCCAAUGUUCGGUUGACGCACUCUUCGCCCUCCUGCAUUGCAUUCACACAGACAUAGCACACACAAGCAGGUAUGUGUCCACACAAACGCCGGCCGGAUGGGAUGAGCAUGUCAUGUGGUUCCCACCCACCACACCUACUGGCCCGGCCCACUCACCAGGACAGCUCCUUCAGGACAGACCUCUCUGACGGGCUGCAUCUCCUUCCUGACGCACGAGCCGGCCUGGGUGGGCCCGACAAGGGGCGCGGCGCACACAGGCUCUGCACACACACACAAAGUCACUCAAUCAUUCAUUCAUACCUUUAUUCGUUCAGCACUCAGACGUGAGUGUGUCUUGUGUGUGUGUGCGUUUGUGAGUGUGUGCGCUGGUCGUUACUUACCUGCGGGCUUGACUCUCUCUCUAAUACAGCCGUCUGCAGUCUCCUGGUAGUCUGCCAGCAGGCGACACACAUCCAUCCAUCCAUCCAUCCGAACAACAAUGAAUAGGACCGUGUGUGCUGCUGACAUACCGGGGGGGCAGGUCUGUGUCGGCUCGGCCACGUCCUCCUUGACGCACUUGCCGCUGCCCUUCUUGCCGCCAGUGGUAGUCUCGUUGUAGCCUGGCGGGCACUCACACCUGAUCGUCGAUCGAUCGACCAACGAACGAGAGAGACCAUACCAUAUAACCAUUCUGCAUGUGUCAGUGUGUGAGUGAGUGGACGGGCUCACUCGAUGGGCACGUAGUCUGUCUUAGAGCAUUCGGUGGCGUUGCCGUAUUUCUUGCCCUUGUGGGGUGAGCUGCCUGGAGGGCAGCUCUUCGUGGGAGGGUACACAUGAGUGUAGAUGCACUUGUCGCCGGCCUCUUCAUAGCCCUACACAAACAGAGCAGAGCAGAGCAGGUGGCUGCGCUGCGCCCGGGUCAGUCAGUCCAAUCAGUCCAGUCACGUCACCUUGGGGCAAUAGGACUUUGGUGCCACAGCCGUUGAGUUCUUGCAAUAGCCCUUCACUACGUCAUAGCCAUCGGGGCACGACGGCACUGGGGGCUUGACGUCCAUGUGGACGCAUGUGCCGGACUGGAAGCUCGAACCCUUGGGGCACGUGGGCUGAACGAACGAGGCAGGGAGGGAGGAAGGGAGGGACCACACACAUGCAAGCAAACAUAUAUAAGAGAGAUCUCAUGGUCUGUCUCGAACGAAGUUACCUUUGCGGGGGUCGUGCUGUUCUUGUAGCACGUGCCGUCAAUGGGUCCUUCAUAGCCUGCAUAUUCCAACCAGCCACACCACAUGCGAUUGGUCCACCACUCCACCAUAUUCCAACCGAUGAUGGACAGCCCCUCCCCUCCCUCCCUGCCUGACCUUUCGGGCACGUCUCGACAGGGAUCUGGACGGCCUCCUUUUUGGGCGGAGUGUAGCCCUUCUUGCUCGAGGGAGGGGGGGCAGAAUAGCCCUUCUUGCUGGGCUCCGAGUAAUGCGGUGCGGCGGACGCAAUCGCCACCAUGGCGACGAAGAAAGAGGCAAUCACGCGCUGCAUGACUGCUGAUGACAGCUGUGGCUGAUUGAUGAGAUGAAAGGCGGCAGGCGGCCGGGAGUGGGUGAGUGAGUGAGACUCAAAAAGGAAUGCUCGAUACGUCGAUGCGAUGGAAAAGGUCCCUGCCUUCACGGAGCGACGGUGGCUCGAGCGCAGCGCCCUGCUGAC